UCUUCUAGCAAGGAACGGGUAUUUUUGCAUUUAAGUGAUUUGUUUACUAGAGAAAAUCAGAAAAUCCUUGGUGAACAAAACUAAAAAGACCAAAUAAACUGAAUCAAUUCGUGUUUAUAGUUAUUAACGGAAUUUGUACGUGAAUUUCAUCUGUGUAUGUGUCUAAAUUUGCCAAAGCAAAAUAACAAGCAACUUCGUUUUGCUAAAUUUUUGGCAAAUCACACUGAAGUGAUAGCAAAAUUUGCAAAUAAUACAACAACAGGAAAAAGGAUUAUUGUAAAGAGUAGUCACAGAAUACAGCAUCCCAGCAAUAAACCAACCAACCAGCCAGCCAGCCACCAACAAUCAAACCAAUUGGUUUGCAAUUCCGACAUAGUCGGCUGUCUAUUUUUUUAUUUGUUGCGGCCAAUAGGAGAAAGUCAACAAACCACACAUCUUCUGCAGAUCCAUAGUUGAAAGCUAUUAAAAAAGAAUCGUUCGCAAUCCACUUUGAAAAUAAGAAUACCCACAACCGGAGGAAGGCGGCAGCAUCACACACUGACUUCGAAUUUUGUUGUUGUUUUUUUCACAAGAGUUUAGUGUGUCAUUCACUAGCUGCUCCCGAAAUCGAAAUCUUAACACACAGGUGCACAGCUGCUGCUGUUGUGACAUUCGUUUGAGAACAGCGCCAGUUUUGCUGUUGCCGUUUUUGUAAACAACUGCCAGCAGCAGCGCGUUACGUCAAGUUGAUAAAGUGGAGGAAAAUUGUCGCCGUCUACAGACGAUGAAUAUCAGGAGUAAUGCUCCCAAAAAGGAGGGAAAGAUGCGUAUACGCGCUUUCCCGGCCUCCAUGGACGAGAAGUAUGUGGAAACAAUAUGGGCAAGUCUAAAGAACGCCAUUCAAGAAAUUCAAAAGAAAAACAAUUCCGGACUUUCAUUUGAACAAUUAUAUCGCAAUGCCUACAAUAUGGUGCUGCACAAACACGGACAUCGUUUGUAUUUUGGAUUGCGUGACGUGGUCAAGGAACAUUUGGAGGAGAAGGUGCGCAAAGAUGUCCUGGAAAGUUUACACAAUAAUUUUUUGCCAAAGCUGAAUCAGGCCUGGACAGAUCAUCAGACGUCAAUGGUAAUGAUACGCGACAUAUUAAUGUAUAUGGAUCGUGUAUAUGUGCAAAAUCGAGAUGUGGAGAACGUUUAUAAUUUGGGUCUAAUACUGUUUAGAGAUGAGAUUGUACGCUAUUCGGAAAUCCAGAAAGCCUUGCGCGAAACCCUUUUAAACAUGGUCAUGAGUGAGCGCAGUGGCGAGGCCAUAAAUCAUUUGGCCAUUAAAAAUGCCUGCCAAAUGUUAAUGGCAUUGGGCAUCAAUUCACGUUCGGUGUAUGAAGAGGAUUUUGAAAAACCAUUUUUGGCUCAAUCGGCUUCGUUUUACAAAUUUGAAUCACAAAAGUUUUUGGCCGAAAACAAUGCCAGUGUCUAUUUAAGGAAAGUAGAGCAACGUAUCCUAGAGGAAUCCUCACGGGCCGCUCUCUACCUGGACAAAGACACCGAACCACGCAUCGUCAAAGUUGUCGAAGAUGAACUUAUUAAAAAACACAUGCGAACCAUUGUUGAAAUGGAAAAUUCCGGUGUGGUGUAUAUGAUUAAAAAUUCCAAAACCGAAGAUUUGGCAUGUACAUACAAGUUAUUUUCACGUCUCAAGGAUGAGGGCAUGAAAGUAAUUGCCGACACCAUGUCGGCCUAUUUGCGUGAACAGGGCCGCAUGCUGGUCAAGGAGGAGGAGAACGGCAACACAAAUCCCAUAACAUUUGUGCAAAAUCUAUUGGAUCUUAAAGAUCGUUUCGAUCAAUUUCUGCAUCAUUCGUUUAACAAUGAUCGGCUAUUUAAGAAUGUCAUAUCGUCCGAUUUUGAACAUUUCCUUAAUUUGAAUUCCAAGUCACCGGAAUACUUGUCGCUGUUCAUCGAUGACAAACUGAAGAAGGGUGGCAAGGGAAUGAGCGAACAGGAAAUCGAAGUUAUACUCGAUAAGACAAUGGUGUUGUUUAGAUUCCUAUUGGAAAAGGAUGUUUUCGAGCGUUAUUACAAAACACAUUUGGCCAAGAGAUUGCUGCUCAAUAAAUCGGUAUCCGACGAUUUUGAAAAGAAUAUGAUUUCAAAAUUGAAGACUGAGUGUGGCUGUCAAUUCACAUCUAAAUUGGAGGGAAUGUUCAAGGAUAUGUCCAUAUCGAAUACCACCAAUGAUGAGUUCAAAACCUAUAUAGCCAAUCACAACAUUAAUUUGAGCGUAGAAUUUACAUGUAGAAUAUUAACUACAGGAUUUUGGCCCACACAGACUUCAACACCCAAUUGUAAUAUACCAGCUGCUCCCAGAGAGGCCUAUGAAAUAUUUAAGAAAUUCUAUUUGGAUAAACAUUCAGGACGUCAAUUGACCUUACAACCACAAUUGGGUAAUGCCUGUCUAAAUGCUGUCUUCUAUGGACGUAAGCCAACGGAUAAUGCCAAUGCUGCAGCAGAUAAAGAUGCGCCCAGUUCAAGUAUGUCCUCAUCGACCAGUGCGACAGCUUGUGCAAUACCCACAACAACAAGGAAACACAUUUUAACAGUGUCAACGUAUCAGAUGUGUAUAUUGAUGCUGUUCAACAAUCGCGAGGUAAUGACACAUGAGGAAAUUCUACAGGAAACAGAUAUACCCGAACGUGAACUGCAACGUGCUAUCCAAUCGCUGUCAAUGGGUAAACCCUCACAACGUUUGUUGGUGCGAAAUUCUAAAACAAAAACUAAAGAUAUCGAUCCAACGGAUGAGUUUCUGGUGAACGAUGCGUUUGUUUCGAAAUUCCACAGAGUUAAAAUCCAAACUGUGGCCGCUAAAGCUGAUACCGAGCCAGAACGUAAGGAGACUCGCGGCAAAGUUGAUGAGGAUCGUAAGCAUGAAAUCGAGGCUGCGAUUGUUCGUAUUAUGAAAGCUAGAAAGCGUAUCCCGCACAACUUACUGGUGUCCGAUGUUACAUCACAAUUGAAAUCAAGAUUCCUACCCUCACCGGUAUUGAUUAAGAAACGAAUAGAAGGUCUUAUCGAACGUGAAUAUUUGGCUAGAACGCCAGAUGAUCGUAAAGUUUAUGUUUAUCUAGCUUAAGUAUCAAACAUACUGAAGAUGAAAAAAAUUAUGGUGAUGAUGAUGAUGAUGGCGAUGAUCCUUCUAUUAUAUACAAACAAACAUCUCUUCUUACAACAACAACGCCAACGGCAACAACAUCUGCAAUUCACUAAAAAACAACAAAUCAUGUUCAUACUUUUGUGAAGAAGAAUUUGGCAAGGAAUUACCACCACAAAAGAAAAAGGAAGUUGUUCUGGAACUUUUUUUGUUUUGUUUUUGGAAAAAAAAGAACCAAUUCUCAAUAUUUUUUAUAAAUAAUUGCAAAAAAAGCAUUUUCGCAACACCAUUCACAAAAUGCUGCUCUCAUCCAACUGGCAUCGUAAAUACUCUCAAAACAUGCCCAAGUAACGUAGACUUUUUAAAGCCAACCCUUAAACCAUCUUCGAUGUGGUGAUCCGUUUUUUUGGAAAAUGAAAAAAACAACAACUCCUUAAAUAAAACACACAUACAUUGUAUUAGACAUAUAAAUUUGUUUAUUUUGGAAAAAUACGAAGAAGAAGAAGAGAAAAUCCAACAACAAAAACAUAAUUGCGAUAUAUCAAUAUUUGAAAAAAAAAGAGAAUUGAUUUAAUAUUGAAAAAAAAACAUGAACUCAUUUAUAGUUAGAUUUUUAAUUAUACAUUAUACAACUACAACAAGGACACAAGCAAAGAAAAUGAAAAAAAAAAAGAAUGAAAGACAGCAACAAAAAACAUACUUUGCCCUCUGUUUUAAAUAAAUUUUUAAUAAAUUUUGUGGAAACUC